GGCCCACGAAAUUCCAGUUUAUUUUCCAGUUUCUGUUCGCUGCUGGUCGACUCGCCUGAGCUCCGUCUUCGUUUACUUCCCGAUCUCUUCUUUUUCGACCAUGGCUUUUCCGGGGCUUCUGAGAAACGGCUGCCGCCGCAUUCUCCGUCACGUACGGACGAGCCCUAACCCUAAUUAUUCUCCAUCCAAGCGGUUGGAUUUGGCAGCUUCUCAAAAAGCCCUAUUUGCAAGAUGUUACUCCGAGGGUGUUGCUUCUCAACCGGUUCCAAUCGAUCCCUCGUUACCCGAAAGCCCUAACACCGAUACGAAGAUUGUUAGUCGGACUUCAAUUUCCUUGAGUUCUUCUCUGAAUGAACCUGAGCUCGCUAAAUUCGCCGCCAUUGCUGAAACUUGGUGGGACGCUGAUGGACCGUUCAAGCCAUUGCACGCAAUGAAUCCAACAAGAUUAGCUUUUAUCCGCUCUACUCUCUGCAGGCAUUUCAGAAAAGAUCCAUAUUGUGCUAGGCCUUUGGAAGGACUGAGAAUUGUGGAUGUUGGUUGUGGAGGGGGAAUUUUAUCUGAGCCUUUGGCUCGAAUGGGAGCUACUGUUACAGGUAUUGAUGCUGUUGAGAGAAAUAUCAAGAUUGCUUGCCUUCAUGCGGAUUUGGAUCCCUUAACUUCAGCAAUUGAGUAUCGUUACGCAACAGCUGAAAAACUUGUCGAGGAGCACAGAGAGUUUGAUGCUGUGAUUGCUUUAGAGGUAGUUGAGCAUGUUGCAGAUCCUGCUGAAUUCUGCAAAUCUCUGGCAGCAUUAACUGUUUCUGAUGGAGCCACUGUGAUAUCAACAAUUAAUCGUACAAUGAGAUCUUAUGCCACUGCCAUUAUUGCAGCCGAGUACCUCCUUCACUGGCUCCCAAAAGGCACGCAUCAGUGGUCGACUUUACUUACUCCUGAAGAGCUAGUGCUGAUCCUACAGCAUGCUUCCAUAACGGUCCAAGAGUUAGCUGGAUUUGUAUACAACCCCCUGACUGGACGAUGGGCUCUAUCUGAUGACAUCAGUGUAAAUUUCAUUGCAUUUGGUACUAAAAGAAACCAAUGAAGUAAGGGGAGAUGAUCUUCCAUCUUUCCAGGGCUAGAGCUGACUGCGAAGUGGCACACAUGGAAGUAGUGAUACACAGAAAGCCAAGGGAAUCCCGGUGGCUCAGCGCUGUGACCUUGUGCCAAAAUUGGUUGUUGGGAGCCUCAAAGUAAAUUGGAGGGUAGAAAAAUCAAAAGAUGCUCUUGCAAAUUAUCAAAAUUUUGGGGUGGCCGGGUGGGUGGGCGCCAUUUUUAUUGGUAGGUUAACCUAUUAAAAGUUUUUCCCAAGAAACAUGUUCCUUCCUAGAUGUCCUUGGGAAGAUUUCUUAUUACAGUUGGCAUUCCAAUAACUUGAUUAGUAGUAGUUAUACAAAACAAAGGCCUUAUUGAAGCCACCACAAACAAGCUUUGAGAUUUGUCAAAACAAAGGCAUUUUUCAAUUAUCCAUCAAAAUACAUAUAAUACUAUUACAAACAAAUUGAUAUAAACAGGUUAAAUUUCACAAGACA